GCAAACCAAGAAAGAAAAUACAUGGCGGGCUCUCUGGUGGCCAUUAGAGACCAGUGGCAGGUCGCAUUCUCUCGCUUCUUCACCUUCCCGUCCCUCACCUCCACGAGUUCCUCUCUCGUUCCUCUUCCUAAAAAUCGUCGCGACACAAAAGGCAUAAAAGGCACCUGGAUAUCCACCUCUUCCCCCACCGUUUCACUUCAACUCCUCAACAGCCACUCGAAGUCUGACGUGAUCCUCAACGUGUCUCUCCGAGAGACUGUGCUUGAGGAGCACUAUGUCUCGAAGCUGCACUUCUCUUGGCCUCAGGUAACAUGUGUACCUGGAUAUCCGUCAAGGGGUACCAGAGCUGUAUUUGUGAGCUACAAAGAUUCUGUUGGCGAGAUCCAGAAGUUUGCUUUGCGUUUUUCAACAGUACAGGAAGUGGAGUCUUUUAUGAAUGGUUUGAGGGAGAUCUUGAAGGAUGUGCAGGAAAUUGAGCCUCUAAGUUCCAACUUUCGAUCUGUAAUUUCAUCACAAUCUGAAUUUGUACCUUCAAACAAGACCUCCUCCAGAGCAUGUCAGGAGGAAUUGAGCAUCAUGAAUUCUCUUACAACAUAUUCACCCCAAAUGCAAGAGAGCUUGAACCAUGAAGUUGAACAAUGCUCAUAUAAACAGGAGACAGCUCUUAAUCACAACGCUGCAGACACUAUGUCAGCCUUACCUCCCAGCUUUGCAUCAUUUCUGACCAACUGCUACCCUGAGAUCAACCAACCUGCAGCCAAUCCAAUCGAGUCUGAGGAAGUUGAUCUGAAAUCUCAAAUUGUGAAAUAUAUGGAAGAAUCUUCCUUUCAAGAAAUGCUGAUGAAAGUCGAGAAAGUUAUCAGUGAAAUGGGAGAUGACUUGAUGCCGGAAUGGCCUUAGGCUUGACAUUUUAUCUCAGUAAGAGCCUGCAAUCCUUCUUGGGUUCGUGAGAUGGUCUGUGUUACAUACACCCCAAGGCAUGUCCAUCACGAACUUUUUUGUCUCUCUUUGUUAUAAAUUCAAAACUUUGUAAAUAAUAAUCAGAUUGUGUUGCAGAGAAUGUACAUUGGUAGGGCCGUAGGGGUAUUAAACGCAAUUUCUGAUGUUUUUGACUGUAAUAUGUACAGACACUGUCUUCUAAGAUGAAGUUUCAAACAUAUAUAUAUAUAAAUCAAUGCCAUGAAAGCAAUAAUAAACCAACCAAACUCUGCGAAGGACGAAGGUCAAUCACCCUAGUAAGGACUUUCAUGUUCACCAAACUCCAGCGAUGCUUGACCAAUCCGGACGAGAGAAGCCUAUAAGUUUGGCAUGAUUCGUGCUUUUCUAUCAUUCCUAUUCUUCAAUUGCUUCCGUUUGGUUUAUUUUUUGCUUUUUGUAUUUUCAUUUUCUGUUCUCAAGUAUUUUCUAAAAUGAUAAUUAAACUAUUUUCUGGAAUUUUU